UGAGACUGAAAAGAUGCUGGCGCAAUAUACACCUUUCCUCGACAGCAAAAUUCGUCACUUGAAAUAUUGUGCCACGGUUCUUGUCUUCGUUUCACCUGAAGCACGCGUAGACUAAUUUAUCUCGUUCGUAUUUAACUUGUUAUACCCACUUAUCAUUUGAUUAAUUUUGUAUUUUUCUGUGUUGUGCACAGAUGGCAAACGCGGGACUGCAGCUCCUCGGUUUUUCUUUGGCUUUCGUUGGCUUUAUUGGAUUAAUAGCAUCCACUGUCAUGGCCGAAUGGAAGAUGUCGUCGUAUGCAGGAGACAACAUUAUAACGGCUCAAGCCAUAUAUGAAGGGUUAUGGAAGUCCUGCGUCUCACAGAGCACCGGUCAAGUCCAGUGCAAAGUGUACGACUCAAUUCUCCAUCUUCCAGCCAUGGUUCAGGGCACGCGAGGUCUGAUGCUCGUCUCCAUCGUGAUUUGCCUCAUCUCCAUGCUGGUGGCCAUCGUGGGCAUGAAGUGUACCACUAUUCUGGAGGACCAGAAGCAGCAGAAGAACAAGGUAGCCAUGGUUGGAGGAAUCAUGUUCAUCAUCUCAGGUCUGUUUGCUCUAGUGGGUACAUCCUGGUAUGGACACAGAAUAGCUCAGGAAUUUUAUGACCCCUUCACUCCCACCAAUGCCAGAUAUGAGUUUGGCGCGGCUCUCUUUGUGGGUUGGGGUGCUGCCUGCCUGGUUAUCAUAGGUGGAGCCUUCCUGUGCUGCAACUGCUCCAGUGGGGGGCCAACAAAGUCUCCCCAUUACCCUCCAUCCCGCCCUGGACCUGCAUCUGGAACUGACCGUGUUUAGAACCAGGAAGUAGGAAGUAGAGGAGAUCCAGAAAAAAACACCACAUCUUAAUGGCAUUUUUUCAGGGAACCACACUGGCAGCAUACACUGCUCGAUGCAAUUUUGGUCACUUCCUGUGGCAUUGUUAAAUACAAAUAUUUUAGGUUUUUCUUCCCCAAUACAUUCCUUUUUAACGUGGAAUAUUACAUUAAGAAGAUCAAGAAAAUAACUGUUAACUGUGUUUGUUGUUACGUGACGAUUUUAACAAGGUGAUAUGUGCAGUUUGACAAAAUAUUUUUUAUGGAUAUAUGAUAGUACUGAGCAAGGACGCUAUCUUGGAAACAGAUGCAAAACUUACAUUUGGUGUUUUUAAUUAGAUUUAUGUAAGAAAAUAUUUUUUUAAUGUUUUGAAAUGGUUUACAAAAAAGAUUAUGUAUUAUGUGCCUUGACUUUUACAUACAUUGUUCAAAUACUUAUAUUACAAUAAAUUGUCCCAUUGAUCAGAUGGGACAGAUGGGAGUCAGA